GCGGGGGGAGACCGCGGGUACCCCGACGGGUUGGGCCGGGCUGGGAGCAGCGGGGCCGGUGGGGCCAUGGCCGGGAUGGUGCUGAGCUCCGGGCUGAGGCUGCUGCGGGAGCGGCGGGGCCGGGUAUCACCUUACUUGAUCAGAAGAAUGUUUUUUGGAUAUCCCCUAACUAAAGCAGGUUCUGGGCUGGUUCAGCAGACUAAAGAUGUUUGCUUGAGGUUCUGCAGACCACGGAGUUCUGCAGCAGCUGCUGACACAUCUGGUGAUGAUGCCUUACUGAAAUGGGGCCUUCUCCUGGUCCCUCUGACCACCUUUGGUCUCGGCACAUGGCAGGUUCAGCGACGAAAGUGGAAAUUAGAUUUGAUUGCACAACUGGCAUCAAGAAUUACAGCAGACCCUAUCCCUCUGACAUUAGACCCCAUGGAACUGAAGGAGUUGGAGUACAGGCCUGUGAAGGUCCGAGGGCGUUUCGACCACUCCAAGGAGCUCUACAUUCUGCCCCGGUCGCUGGUGGACCCGGAGCGGGAAGCCCGGGAAGCCGGGCGGCUGACAUCCCACCCGGAGAACGGAGCCAACGUCGUCACCCCCUUCUACUGCACAGAGCUGGGGGUCACGAUUUUAGUCAACCGAGGAUUUGUGCCCAGAAAGAAACUGAAACCGGAGACCAGGCUGAAGGGACAGAUUGAAGAGGAAAUCGAUCUCACGGGGGUGGUGAGGUUAACAGAGACCCGGAAACCCUUUGUGCCUGAGAAUAACAUCGAACAAAACCGCUGGCACUACCGAGACCUGGAGGCCAUGGCCAAGGUGACCGGUGCUGAGCCCAUCUUCAUCGAUGCAGAUUUCAGAAGCACCGUCCCAGGGGGGCCCAUUGGUGGCCAGACCAGAGUGAGCCUGCGGAAUGAGCACAUGCAGUACAUCGUCACCUGGUAUGGCUUAUGUGCUGCAACCUCAUUCUUGUGGUACAGGAAAUUUAUACAGAAGAUACCUCGGUGAGGGGAACAUGUAACCUAUUUGUACUACAGUCAGGAGCAGACUUUUAUGGAAGACAGGAGCCUGCUCAGUCCUGAACAGCUGAAACACCCAGGAUUUAAGGGCAGUGUUCCACAAACAUGUGCCUCUGUCAAGCUGCAAAUCAACUUUUAAGCAACUCCUGCAGACUCUGAGCUCCCACCAGCGUGACUUGGCUGCAGCUUGGAAGCACUGAACUUAAAAACAGUAAUCAAGGACACAUUUUUCUGUUGUGGUUGAUUGUAAGCUACAACAUUUUAGCAUCUGCAGUGCUGCGUUUUCCAAAAGACAAAUCCAAAGGAUUUUGUGAAUCAAAGUUUCUUUGCAUUGAGCAGCCAUUCCUGAGGUCAAGAGUGGCUCAAAGUCGUUGCACCAGAGUAAAUAAAGGCCUACAGGUCUCUGCUUUGUGA